AUGGGUCUUACUUUCUCAAAACUGUUUGACCGGCUUUGGGGAAAGAAAGAGAUGAGAAUCUUGAUGGUUGGUCUCGAUGCUGCCGGAAAGACCACCAUCCUGUACAAGCUCAAACUUGGUGAAAUUGUAACCACCAUUCCCACGAUCGGCUUCAACGUCGAAACCGUCGAGUACAAGAACAUCCAGUUCACCGUGUGGGACGUCGGUGGUCAGGACAAGAUCCGACCUCUCUGGAGGCAUUACUUCCAAAAUACCCAGGGUAUCAUCUUCGUAGUCGACUCCAACGAUCGAGAUCGUGUGGUCGAGGCACGUGAGGAACUUCAGCGCAUGUUGAACGAAGACGAGCUCCGUGAUGCUCUUCUCCUGGUCUUUGCCAACAAACAGGAUCUUCCAAAUGCCAUGAAUGCCGCCGAAAUCACCGACAAACUUGGUCUUCACAGUCUCCGACAACGUGCCUGGUACAUCCAAUCGACUUGCGCCACAUCUGGUGAUGGUCUCUACGAAGGACUCGAAUGGUUGUCUAACUCACUCCGCAAGGCUGGACACAACUAA